AUGCAGCAACAACAGCCUGUCCGAGCGACACUCUCGUGUAGUUCCUGUCGUCAACGAAAACUUAAAUGCGAUCGCGAUGAGCCUUGCAGCAAUUGCGUCGCCAGAAACGUGUCCUGUCAAUAUGCCCCAUGGCCUCGUAGUCGCGCGGCUGUACAGAGGAGGGAUAACAAGCAGACAGACCUAAACGACCGAGUGCGCCAUCUUGAGACACUGCUCGGGUCCAUUGUUUCCCAGCUUCCUUCUCAGCAGGGCUCCUCAUCUGGCUCACCCAGUAUCAAGAGCCCUGCGAGUACGUAUAUCACCAAUCAAGGAUCUCUACAAUCUUCCUCCAGUAGAGAUAGUACAGAGGUCAAGCCUGGUCGGUUGAUGGCGAAUCCAAAUGAGACAAUCUAUGUCUCUAGCAGUCAUUGGUCUGCCAUUUGCCAUGAGGUUGAAUACAUUCGCGAGCAUCUUGAUGAGACCAACGAGUCUGCUGAUCUAGGCAUAACAGACCAGGCCCAGAGCCAGGUACCCAUGCUUCUGGGGCCUGGAAGAUUGACACCGAGUCUGGAAGAAGUUCUGGCGGAUAUUCCUCCGAAACAUAUCACAGAUAGGAUUGUGUCGCGAUACUUUAACGCCACAGAACCAUCCAUCAUGAUCACCCACACUGGGGAGUUUCAAAUCGAGUACAAACGCUUCUGGGAUGACCCAAACUCAGUCUCUAUUCAAUGGAUCGGCAUGUUGUUCGGUGUUCUAGCCACCGGAACAUUCUUAUAUAUCCGCUCGCAGGACGAGCUUCCCGAAGGUCUAGGUGCGCCAAUGGAAGUUGCAGAAGGAUUUCACAGACGCUGUACAGACUGUCUUCUCCUAUCCAAGUACUCCACAGCGCCUGGUAGGUAUACGCUCGAAACUAUGCUGUUCAACAUCCACGGAGAAUUCGUUCGCCGUCGCGAUGCCCACCUCGGUGUCUGGAUUCUCACUGGUAUCGUCAUUCGGCUGGCCAUGAGAAUGGGGUACCAUCGUGAUCCAGACAGUUAUCCGCGUAUCUCUCCCUUCCAUGGGGAGAUGCGUCGUCGCGUGUGGGGUGUCAUUCAGCAACUAGAUAUUUUGACGUCUUGCCAACUUGGUCUUCCUUCACUCAUCCAGGAAUCGCAGUGUGAUACGAAACUACCGCGAAAUAUCACUGACGAUGACUUUGGGCCUGAUUCCACUCGACUUCCUCCGCCUAGGCCCGACACCCAAUUGACGCCUGUAUUGUACACCAGAGUCAAAGUCCGAAUGAUGACAGUCUAUCGAACCAUUUUUAACCAGGUCUCUCUUGGCAAGACUGAGAAUUACGAAGAGAUUAUGGCUCUUGAUGAGAAACUUCACCAGCUGCACCAGUCUAUGCCGCCUUGCUUUCAGAUAGCCAAGUUGGAAGAUUGCAUCAUGGUCCCGCCAUACAUUCUCAUUCGGCGGUACAACCUGGAACUGCUUUUCCAGAAGGCGAGGUGUACAUUGCACCGUCACCACAUGACCAAGGCUUACCAGGAUACCAAGUACAAUUACUCACGAAAGGCGUGUGUCGACUCAGCUAUGACGGUGCUAGGCCAUCAGGCUUCCAUCUUGAGAGAAGUCCAAGUCGGCGGACUUUUGUACAAGGAUAGGUGGUUCCUCACAUCCCUCGAACGUCAUGACUUCUCGCUUGCAUCCAUGGUCGUCUGUCUUGAGUUGAGCAAACAGCCUCAGUACGAGAACCCGGAUCUUGUUGGCUAUACUCGGGAGAACAUGAUUCAAGCACUUGAGACCUCGCAAGCUUUUUGGGCAGCGCUCAAGGCAGUCUCUGCUGAAGCCCGACAAGCUUAUGAUAUGCUCGCGGUGAUGUUAAAAGCUGUGUCCGUUAAUGAUAAGGCGAAGGAAUCCCUUCCUAAUAUGAUGAGCGCCGAGAAAGCUCAUAUCCAAAAUGGAAACGGAAACGCGAAUGGCCAUAAUGGUGCGAACGACAUGUCAUUCUCGAGCGAGUUCCAGGGCAUAGAGGCUAUGUUGAACAGCUCAGAUGCUGUAGACUGGGACAUGUGGGAGUCUCUGGUUCAUAUGCCUGACGACUUUUCGAACUACGAAAUGUCCGAGGAACCUUGA